AUGUCGCAUUUAUUUAGUAGUGAUAUACCAUUACCUUCAGCUACCAUUCCUACGCCUACCACUACCAAUCACAUACUUCCGAUUGUUAGCGAUCUUAUGGCACUUCCACCAUACAACAUAGAUGAUCUGAUUACUCCAAACAGUUCAUUGACUAAUAUAACAAAUUUACCCAAUGGUGAUACAGCACGUUCUUUACUCACUAUUCAUGAUAGCCUAACAGCUAACAUUAAUAAUACCACUCAUACAAUCUCACCAUCAGCAAGUGUAAAUAAUGCAUUACCAAAAAUUGAUCCAUUACAUGGUCUCAUACUUGGUAAUACAACAGCAUUUGAUGCUGUAACUACGCAACAGCAAGAACAUCAUUCACAUAUUUCACCUUCACAACAACAACAAGUAAAUGUUACUGCUACUACCAGUCCGUGUACUCGCAUGAAUGAUCUAUUUCAAGCACAGGGAACUACAGAAAAUGAUUCUUCAUCAUUACGUAUGAAUAAUAUUUUACAUUCGCCAUUUGAUCAAGAUGAUAAAGAAGUAGCUGAAAGUCUUUCGCAUACAACAAAUUAUUCUCUUCAAUUUGAAGCGAUACCAAAUGAUGAAGAUGAUAAUGAGAAUGGUGAUAUAGUUUUUAUGCCAAUUAAGUCGAAUGAUGAUGAUGAACUGAUUCAUGAUAACCAAGAUCCACUUGUGUCACCAUCGAAAUACCGGGAUAGCUCACAUUGGUCAAAAUCAUGUCAUUCCGGUGGUGAAAGUCCAUUGAAAGGUUUGAAAACAUCAGUGCAUCAAGAUAUGGAUGAUUUUAGUGAUCCAGGAGAAACAAGUGACCGAGAUGAUGAUUCGACAGCCGAUGAAGAAGAUUUAUUACAUUCACGUGUAAAACGUCGAAGUGGUCGUUCGCCAAAUAAUUCUCAAAUACCGUUGAAUGUUGAUGCAUUGCAUGCCAUUCGUGAGUUGACUCAUCAAUUAAAUCAAUAUCGUUCACAUGUAACAAAUCUCUCGUGUGAAACCAUUCCAUUGACAAUAUCUCAAUCGGAUUAUGAUGAAAAACUUGAACGAUGUUGUCAACGUCUUGAACAGCUGACAAGCAAAGUUGAUAGAUUGUUUAAUUUUGAACAAACAGUUGCUGUUUCUCGACCAAGUCGGCCAAGUCCUAGUUCAGCAUCAGUUGAGAUAAUAACAACAAAUGAACCUGAAUUGAUCUUAACUGACGCUCAUUAUGAUCGAUUAGAAGCGAUACUUAUUGAAAAAAUACAAGCACACGUCCAAGCAGCAAUGAAAUCUGUUUUUGAACCUUAUCGCGAUUUAAAAGAUAAUUUACAUAAAGAUUUAGCUGCAAAAUUAUUGGCAACGGAUACAGUUAUUAAGCAAACAAUAACACAAAUAUUUCGUUCUAAGACUAUGAUCGAUUCGUUGAGUAAUGCCGUAGCAAAUGCAAUUCAAGCGACAAUGAUUACAUCCUAUCGUGAUACUUUCAAUCAAAUAGUCGUACCAUCGUUUGAAAAAGCUGCAACAAAUAUGUUUCAACAAACGAAUGAUGUAUUCAAACGCGGUACAAAAGAAUAUUUACAAGAAAUGAUUGAAUAUGGUCGUCAACAGCAACGUUCAUUAAUUCAACAGCGUGAACAAAUGAUGACAGAAAUACGUAAAGAAUCAACGCAAUUAUUAAAAGAAUUCGAAAAGAAAAAUCAAGAAUUAACAAAUACACUGAAAAAUGAAGUUAAUCAAUACAUGACAACAAAUCUUGCACCCAUAAUUCGUGAAACCAUUCAAUCAAUUGUUCGUGAUGAAGUCGCAACUAAUUUACGUGAACAAUUGGCUGCACAAAAGAAUGAAAUCAACACUUUAAUUAUUCAACACCUUCGACAAUACCAACAACAACAACAACAGCAGCAACAACAACAACAACAACAACAACAACAACAGCAGCAGCAACAACAACAACAACAGCAGCAGCAGCAGCAGCAGCAGCAACAACAACAACAGCAGCAACAACAACAACAACAGCAGCAGCAACAACAACAACAACAACAACAGCAACAACUAGCUGCUGUACCGAAACCUCAGCCAGUAGUUGUGCCAAAACCACAACCAACAGUUAGUCAACGAACAACUCCAUUACCUACUGCUAUUGCUGGUAGUGCAUCAUCGAAUAAAAUUCCUACCGUUGAUAUAAAACAACAAACAGCAUUGAAAUUUGUUCAAUCCGGCCAAGUGAAUCAAGCUUUUGAAUAUGUUUUAUCAGCAUCUGAUUUAAAUCUUGUCAUAUAUCUAUGUGAAAAUAUCCGGCCUGCUGAAUUGUUUUCGAUUCAACCAUGUCAAUUACAAAUUCCAGUUAUUCUUUCUUUAAUUCAACAACUUGCAGCGGAUUUAACUACACAUCAAGAAUUAAAAUAUAGUUAUUUGUAUGAAGCAUUGAUUUGUCCUGAUUUGUCACAUCCAAGUGUACGUGAUUAUUUAUAUAAUGUACUAAUUGAUCUUAAUAGAAAAUUAUAUACAUACGUUCAAGCAAAUCCGACAACAAUAAUGGCUAAACGUUUUCAAUUAUUAUACAUGGCAAGCCAAGGUUUAGUACAGAAGAUUCUUCAGCAACGAGCAACACCAAUAAAUCAAAUAUCGUCAUCAAAAUAA